CAUAUCUAAAAUCUUAAAGAUGGAGAAAAAGAAGCUUACUAAGGAAUUAUUUACUGAAGCCCAGACUUAUGCCCAGACUAUUGUGGAUGGGCUGAAUACCUCUGUAUCACCUUUCCACUCAGUAGAAACUGUUAAGAAAUUGCUACAUGCUGAAGAUUUCCAACAGGUCAAGGAGACAGAAGAGUGGGCUCUUGAGACUGGGAAGAAAUACUACUUCACAAGAAACAAUUCUUCUAUCUGUGCUUUCACUGUUGGCAAGAAAGUGAAAGAAGGAAGCCCUCCAGAUAGCUUCAAGUUGGUAGGAUGCCACACUGACUCUCCAACUAUUAGAAUUGCUCCUAUCUCUAAUAUAGAUACUGUUGGAUACAAAGAGAUCGGAAUUCAAUGGUACGGAGGUGGUAUCUGGCACACUUGGCUUGACAGAGACCUCACCUUUGCCGGAAGAGUUGUCAUCUAUAACGAAGAAACUGGCAAAUUAGAGGAUAGGUUGUGGCAUCAUGAAGAACCUCUGAUUAGAAUUCCAAACAUGGCUCCACAUCUUUGCUCUCAAGAAGAGAGAACUACCUUAAAAUUAAACAAAGAAACCCAUCUCAAACCUAUCAUUGCUACCUCGAUCAUUGAUGCCUUGAUGGACCAAGAUGCUAAAACUGAUGAAGAGGAGAAAAAGGAAGAUGAAGAAUCAAGAUACUCUAUCGAGAAGAAGCAUCUUAAAUCCUUUCUAGAUUUAAUAGCAUCUGAGAUUGGAACAACUGCUGAAAACAUUGUUGAUUUCGAACUCUCAAUGGUAGAUACUAACAAGUCUCAGAUCAUGGGACUUCACAAAGAGUUCAUCUCAAGUGGAAGACUUGAUAACAUGUUGAGCUCCCUCACAGCCACUCAUGCUAUUUGCGACAUCUCUAAAGAUAUUCCGGAUGAUCAAUCAGUGAAUUUGAUCUACCUCUUUGAUCAUGAGGAGAUUGGCUCUAGAUCUGACCAAGGAGCUGAUGGAGCUCUUGUCAAGGACAGUCUUGAAAGAAUAUAUGCUACUUUUAAUGGUGGAUCAGCUGAUGUUGGUUAUAAGGCAGCCUUAAGACAUUCCCUUUGCAUUUCUGCUGAUAUGGCUCAUGCUAUUCAUCCCAAUUAUACACAUAAACACCAGGCCCAGCAUACUCCUGCAAUGCACAAAGGAAUUGUAUUGAAGAUCAACUGUAAUCAGAGAUAUAUGACUGACUCUGUAAACAGCGCCAUUAUCAGAGAAAUUGCCAAUAGAGCUGAUGUUCCUCUGCAAGAUUUCAUGGUCAAACAAGAUCUUCCUUGUGGAUCUACCAUCGGACCAGCUCUGGCUGCUACUGUAGGUAUGAAGACUAUUGAUAUUGGAGCACCUCAGCUUGCUAUGCACUCAUGCAGAGAAAUAUGUGGUACUACAGAUGCUAUCUACUACCACAAGCUCUUUGCAGAAUUCUUCAGAAGCUUCAAAGAAGUUGCUGGUGAUUUACUUGACCACUAAUUUCUGUAAUCUAGCUUCAACCAAA